AUGGGCGGUGGGAAUCUGCUUUGCAGGGUUCCACGUGGGCAGCAUGCUGGGGCUGCUCUCAGCGCCCUCGCUCAUGGUCCCUCUUGCUCCCUGUCCCCCGUUUCAUUCUCCCCGUCCCCUUGUUCCCCCACACUGAACAGCUAUGUGCCAGAGAACAAACGUGCGUGGGCCGUAGGAAUCUGCUUCGCGGGCUUCCACGUGGGCAGCAUGCUCGGGCUGCUCUCUGCUCCUUCCCUCAUGGCCCUGCCGGGUCUGGGUUUGACCGGCCCCUUCCUCCUUUUCGGCGCGCUGGGACUGCUCUGGCUCGCGCUCUGGCUGCUCCUCGUGCCUGGAGAUGCCUCUGCUGCGCCCGGUGCGCUCGUUGCCUCUGGUGCUGAUAAUGGCGGGCGGCUGGAAGGGAAGCAGACGAUGCAGAGUGGUGUUGGUGCCAGUGGGUCGCGCGUGACGGUGUGGCAGCUGCUGUCACACCCCGCAUCAUGGGCUAUCAUCAUCGCCAAUACUGUCAAUAACUGGGGCUACUUCAUUCUGCUCUCCUGGAUGCCACUCUACUUCAACCAGGUGCUGCACACGGACAUCCGCCAGGCAGCGUGGUUCAGUGCCGGGCCAUGGGCGGUGAUGGCGGGCAUGGGGCUGCUCGCAGCACAGCUGGCGAACCAGAUGGAGGGCACGCAGGGCAUGACCCGCACUGCCGUGCGCAAAGUCAUGCAGGCUGCCGGGUUCCUGGGACCGGCUGCAUCUCUGCUGCUGCUCACGCGCAUGACCACUGCUCCCCUCGCCGCUCUCUGCCUCACUGCUGCCCUCGGCCUCAGUGCAUUCAGCCAAGCCGGGUGGCUCCUCAACCACAAGGACAUAGCACCGCGCCACGUGGGUCUCUUGCAUGUGAAUGCUCUGUCUGACCCCCCCUGCCUCCUCCCCUCCCCACGCCUCCUCCCUCCAGGUCUGUCCGACACAGCGGGGACCUUAGCAGGCAUCACAAACAUGGUGGCAACAGGCUUCAUGGUGGAGCGCCUGUCCCUUAACCGGCCGGGGACCUUAGCGGGCAUCACCAGCACGGUGGCAACCGGGUUCAUGGUGGAGCAGCUGGGCUCGUUCCAUGCAGUGCUGGCCGUCACAGCAGCGCUCUACGUGCUCGCCACGGCCUUCUGGCUCGCAUACGCCACCGCUGACGUGGUCUUCCCAUAA